GCUGUGCCCGGCAUAAAGCCGCAAAUCACAACAAAAUUCUAAACAAAAAAAACAGACGCUGCACACACUCUGACUGUGUGGUUUUCUCAAGUAUGUUUACAUUUAUUUGUGUGCCGCAUAUUUGCAUAAUUUGGCAUUCUGCCGCACACUAUGCAAACGUGAAUCAACACAGUAGUACGGCAUAAACAUUCCACGUGAAGCAGUGCAAUAACAGUAGUAGCUCAAUUCAAUUCCACCCUUCUCAACACAAUGUCGUUGUUUCACUGGACGGAUGGCAACAUCCACACAACGGCACUCACUCCGCGAGAUUAUCAAACCGAGCUGCUGUCCAUGGCUCGAGAGGAAAAUCUCAUCGUGUGCCUGGCCCACAAUUCGGCCAAAGAGUUCCUCGCCGUGAAGCUUAUCCAAUCGAUGCGGUCCGAGCGAUGGGGCAACCCGGGAGCACCACGGAAAACUGUUUACUUAACGCCGCGCGUGGAUCGAACCUUGCUGUCGUCGAUGGUGUCCAACCUUACCGACCUGAAAGUUGCCAAUGUAGGCGCGGAACUCGGUAACGGUGAUUUGCACGAGCCAGAUUGUACGCAUUCGGCAAUAACAACGGAUGUAGCUUCCGCCGACGUAAUAUUCUUUGGCAGCGAUUCUUCGCUAUUGGAAUACAUCGAUCAAGGAACGGUUCAGGUUGAAGAUGUAAGCUUGCUGAUUGUGGAAGAAUGUCACAAAAGCUAUGGUCAUCAGGAGCUGUGGGAAAUCUGCUCCCGGCUCGAUCGAAAUGCGAACCGUAGUCCCAAACACAGUACGAGGAUUCUUGGCCUCGCCGGUCCUUUACAUGGUGCCGGUUGUACGCCGGAAAGGUUGUGCUGGGAGUUGCAUUACCUUGAACGGUGCCUUCGAGCACGCAUCGAAACGGCGAGCGACAUUACCAGCGUUCUUAGAUUCAGCACAAAGCCCACCGAACUCAUACUGGAAUGUGUUCCAGCGCAACCAUCAAAACUUAGUCAGUAUCUUCGACAGCUUGUACAAACCCACAUAUCUUAUCUACAGAACCAUCGGUACGAUCCAUUAGCACUGUACGAUCUGGAAAGUACCGAAAGCUCGAGCGAUAAGCUGGGCGCCGAUGGGAAAUCUGACUGUGAUGAGGAGGCAGACGAUCUACGCCGUGAGCUCAGAUCUAUUCCCGAUCCAACGGUCGCACCCUUAAGCUACCUCCAUCAAUAUCUCGAUCUGUUGACCGAGUUUGGACCCUGGGGUGCGGAUCGAGGUGCACUAGAACUGCUAACAACCAUUGAGCGGGAAAAGAUUCACACACCUUACGAGCGUCACUUUCUACUGCUCCAACUGGUGUCCACCGUGCUGGUAACAACACGGGCCACUGUAGCAUGGGUUUUCACGAAAUACGCAUCCGAGCUGGAACGCAUCAAGCGGUUCUCUACGCCGAAGGUUGGCCGACUGCUCGAGGUGCUGGCAUGGUUUGGCGAGCAACGAAACCGGCCGAAAGAUCGAUGCCAACUGUCCGCUCUUCAUCAUCAUCAGCACCAUCAGCAGCGAAUUCUGUACUGCUUCUGCCGUAACGUCGAAUGUAACGAGCUGGAAAAACAGUACCACUCAUUCGAAGCUCAAAUGUCGGACGUUGACGAAAGGAUCAAACGGUUGGAGGAUUUGCUGAGUAGCGCUCGCAAGCAAACCGAAAAGUUGAGUCAAAAACAUAAAGCUACAGAAACGGCAGCUACCGACGGUGUGAACGGUGUGCAAUCGCCUCGACAUGGACAUGAGGGGCGCGUGAACAAUUUUCGAAGAAAACGUUUCCCCGGCGGUGGCAUGGGUGGUGGACAUUCGCACCACAAGUCUACCGACACGACGGAUGCGCUGUGUGGCUUGAUUUUUUGUAACAAUCGAUCGAUGGCACGCAUUCUGUAUGUGCUACUGUAUGAAAUAUCCCGCUCGCAGCGCGAGUUUGAUUUCAUCAGCCCUCAGUACACGGUCGACAAGGUGGCUAAUCCACAAACCGACGCACAGCAGGCCGCUCUGGAGCAUCGCAAGCAGGAGGAAGUGUUGAAACGCUUCCGGAUGCACGAGUGCAACUUGCUGAUUGGAACGUCCGUGCUUGAGGAAGGUAUCGAACUACCCAAGUGCAAUCUUGUUAUCCGCUGGAACAGCCCGUCAAACUAUCGAUCCUACGCACAGUGUAAAGGUCGAGCGAAAGCACCGGGUGCUUACCAUAUUCUGUUUGUCACACCGGAAUAUGCGGCUCCGGCUCCUGGCGAGCUGGACGAAGAGGAAUCCGUAGCCGAGCUUUCACUGGACGAUGAAGCAUUAACAGUGGAUAAAACAGCAGAUGUGAGGCCAGAACCGGACGAUGAAGUUAUUAAACAAUGUACCGAUGUGAUGAUUGAACGGGUUGCAAUUUAUAGAGAAGUAGAAAAGCUUCUGCUUGCCAAAUGCCGCAAUGGCGAACCACUCGAAUGGGAACUGAAACAUGCCGAGUGCUUCAAUCACUGCCUCGAGGUUUACCGACCAGGGAGCGUUGGUGAAACGAACGGGCCGGUCGCCUCCCUGUGGCUGGGAAAUGCCGUACAAACGCUGAAUAAAUACUGUGCAAAACUGCCCAGCGAUACUUUCACCAAACUCACACCGAUCUGGCGCUGUGCAACGACCGUGCGCAAAGGCCGUAAGCUGUACCAAUACACCAUCCGCUUGCCCAUAAACUCACCCUGGAAGGAAGACAUAUUGGGUUUACCAAUGCCCACGGAAACGUUGGCUCGCCGGUUGGCUGCAUACACGACCUGCCGGAUGCUGCACGCCGCUGGGGAGCUCGAUAAUUCUUUUCAGCCGUACGGCAAAGAAGCGUUCCGUGCCUUCGAGGCUGAUUGGGAAAACUUUGAGCUGGAGGAAACAGAUGCAAUAAUACUCUCCAAAAACAGUGACCCCCGGCCAGGCACAACGAAACGGCGUCAAUACUACUACAAGCGGAUCGCUUCCGUAUUUAAUGACUGUCGGCCGGACGUUGAUACGGUUGCGUACCUAUACCACAUACGCAUGGAGCUAAUUUGUCCCAUUCCGGAGGAACAAAAUACACGCGGACGCAAGAUUUACGCACCGGAAGAUUCUCCCCAAGGGUUCGGAAUUCUAACAAGGAAACUGAUACCGAAGAUAAGCUCCUUUCCCAUCUUUACCCGUUCGGGCGAGGUUAAAGUAUCGCUUGACCUUUGCCCGCAGCGCGUACAGCUAUCCGUGCAGCAGCUGGAAAUGGUAAACUGUUUCGUGAAGUACACCUUUACCAAGGUGCUCCGAUUGCAGAAGAGUCUCAUGCUGUACGAUGCGAACGCAACGGAGAAUUGUUUCUUCAUCGUACCGACCAUCAGCCGUUCCGUGCCGAACGGUGUCGGCAACGAUCCAUCCGCCCAAUCGGACGAAGUAGUAGUGGAUUGGGAGUUUGUGGAGAAAAUUGCCACCAACGUGCAUCGCAGCGGACCAACGUUCAUACCGGACGAGGCGCGCCAGGGGUACACGUUUGAUGUGAGCAAAUUUCGGGACGCCGUUGUAAUGCCCUGGUAUCGCAACCGGGACCAGCCACAGUACUUUUACGUGGCGGAAAUAUGUAACCAUCUGUCGCCCAAGAGCGCCUUCCCCGGGUCCAACUAUGCCACGUUCGAGGAGUACUAUCAUCGCAAGUACAGCAUCCACAUACAAAAUCUGCGCCAACCACUGCUGGACGUGGAUCAUACCAGUGCCAGGUUGAACUUUCUCACACCCCGGUACGUUAAUCGGAAGGGUGUAGCUCUACCGACGAGUUCGGAAGAGACGAAGCGUGCCAAGCGGGAGAAUCUAGAGCAGAAGCAAAUUCUUGUCCCCGAGCUGUGCACGAUUCAUCCGUUUCCCGCCUCACUGUGGCGUGCAGCGGUAUGCUUACCGUGCGUACUGUAUCGCAUCAAUGCACUGCUGCUGGCGGAUGAGAUUCGGUGUCAGGUUGCGCGCGAUUUGCGUCUUGGUUGGGAAAAUGUCGAUGAACUGCAGGGCGGUCAAUUCCAGUGGCCAAUGUUGAGCUUUGGCUGGAACCUAGCGGACGUGCUGCGUAAAACAAAGGAACAGAAAAUAGCUCAAACGGAAGCAAUGGCGGUCGAGCCGGCGGAAGCGCAGAUAGUAUCGGAAGAAAAGGAAGUGGCGAAUGCACAAAAAAAUCUUGAGCAAGAGGCCGACGAAGAGGAUGGUUUGAAGAAGGAAAACGGUGUGAUCGAGGGGAAUGGCGAUGAACAAGCCGGUGCCGGCAAGGAUACGGAAGAAAAAGAGACUGAUGGUGAUGGAGCGCUGCUUGAGAUUGGUACAUGGUCCAAUGAAAUGGCAGCCGGAGUGGGAACCGGCGAAGACAACGAUGAACCAGGCAGAAGAGGUGCAUCAUCGCCAUCCUUCCUUCGGUACGAUUCCGACUGCACCAGCAACAGUAGUGCGAAUUUCUAUUCUUCCGACGAGUAUGACGAGGAUGAAGAUUACUACCUUUUCGAUGGUUCGGAGAAGCCACCUCCACCAACUUUGCAAGCUAUCGAAGGUCCAGAAGCGGCACCACCGAAUACGACCAGCGAGUCGAACAAUAAAACAGGCAAAAAGCUAAACGCAACCCAACAGGACGCAACGUUGAAUUUGGGUGGACGGUUAAAGAUUGAAUUUAAAUCGGAAACCGUAGCCGAAGCGAUCGAUUCCGAGUGUGAUCUGCAGCGUCAGCGAACGCAGCAGAGCAUCAUCCAGCGGUUGCGUCAGAACGAUAUGCUCUAUCAAAGCUCCAAGAACGCGGUGGACGGAUUCUGUUACUCGCCAACGGAUCAGCAGUGUGCCGACGAGCGUCAAACAGCGGAACAAAAAUUCGAGGAGCAAAAAAAUCACACCAAGGACGCCAUCCGACAUCAGGGCACGUUGGUGCGCUGGAACGAACCGCUAUCCGCAUCCCAUUGGCGAUCUAAGCUGGAAGAGGAAGAAAUGGCAACGCUAAGCGCACUGAUGGACGAUCUCGGUGGGCUACCGUUCAUGGAGUUUGUGCCGUUUGUAGAGGCAGAACGUCUGUUCGAUCUUCUCGUACGCAAUGGAAGCAACGGAGAACGGUGGCUCAGGUUGCAGGAUCUAUACCGGCUGAAUGAACCCUUUUUCCCCGAGCAGUACGCGAUUCUUCGGGGUGGUUCACAGUUCGACAACUUUUUGGACGAAAGCGAUGAACGAUCCGCCGAUCCUGCGCAAGCGAAGGUGAUCGAACUCACGGUUCGCGAUCCUUUCCCGGCUAUUGCCGCCGGAGAGACGGCUUGCAACUACAAACCAAAUCAUUCCAUGCGCAAUGGAGCUACCGGAAGCGGAAGCGAGGGCAAUUCCACCGCGACCCUGGUGGAUGCGGAUGACGACAGCUUCAGUUUCGAUUAUCAACCGGACUUGAAUCAACAUCCCGGUCCAAGUCCGGCCAUCAUUUUGCAAGCGCUCACCAUGUCGAACGCGAACGACGGUAUCAAUCUGGAGCGGCUGGAGACGAUUGGCGAUUCCUACCUGAAGUACGCUAUCACGACCUAUCUCUACUGCCGGUACGAUAACGUGCACGAGGGCAAGCUCAGCCAUUUGCGGUCCAAGCAGGUUUCCAAUCUGAAUCUUUACCGAUUGGGGAGAAGGAAGCGAUUGGGCGAUUGCAUGAUUGCGGCCAAAUUUGAACCACACGACAACUGGCUACCGCCCUGCUAUUACGUGCCGAAGGAUCUGGAGCAAACGUUGAUCGAUGCGAAGAUCCCAGCCUGCCAUUGGAAUCUAGCCGAUCUGCCUGAUAUUAAGCGGUUGUCGUGUACGGAAAUAUGUGAGCUCGUCAAGGAGCGUGCUCGUGCGAAACGGAAAGAAGAGCUCGAGCAAACGGCAGACCUUCAAACUAACGAAUGCAACGGCGAGGAGGAAAGCGACGAUGACGACGAUGAAGAGGACACGAUGAACGGCGAGAUAAAUGACGACGAGAUGGAUUACUUCUCCUGCUUUAUACCGUACAAUCUGGUAACACAGCACAGUAUUCCGGACAAAUCGGUGGCUGACUGUGUCGAGGCGCUGAUCGGGGCGUACCUUAUCGAAUGUGGACCUCGCGGAGCAUUGCUGUUUAUGGCGUGGCUUGGUAUACGGGUCCUUCCGAUCCGGGAACCACCAUCAUCAUCAUCGCCGUCCAAGAAGCUCCUCGACGCUAACACACCGACCAUGCUUUCCCGGUACGGUGCGAUAGAGCAGGAUGCACUACAACACUCCACUGCCACAAUUGCCGAGUACGGGCACUGGGUUGCACCACCUUCGCCGAUGGUGCGAGCUAACAUAACGUUCGGUGGAAUCGUUUCCGGUGCCACUGCAACGGCCCGCGAGCUUGCCCGCCUGCUCGAAGGGUUCGAUGUAUUUGAGCAGGUGCUCGAUUACCGCUUCAAGGACCGAUCCUAUCUGCUGCAAGCCAUGACACACGCUUCCUACAGCCCGAACCGCCUGACGGACUGCUAUCAGCGGUUAGAAUUUCUUGGCGAUGCCAUCCUCGACUACCUCAUCACGCGCCAUCUGUACGAGGAUCGCCGGCAACAUUCGCCCGGUGCACUAACCGACUUACGGUCGGCACUAGUGAAUAAUACGAUUUUUGCCUCGCUUGCCGUACGACACGGGUUUCACAAGUAUUUCCUGCAUUUGUCACCCGGCCUGCAGGAGGUAAUAGAUCGUUUUGUGCGCAUCCAGCAAGAGAACGGUCACCGAAUUACGGAAGAAGAAUACUAUCUCCCGGGGGAGGAUGAUGAACUAGGAGAGUUAGGUGGAAUAACCGCACAGGACGGAAUGGCCGAUGGAAGAGGUAUCGGAGAAGCGGAAGACGUGGAGGUUCCGAAAGCGUUGGGUGAUGUGUUUGAAUCUAUUGCCGGUGCCAUAUUCUUAGAUUCGGAUAUGUCGCUCGAUACCGUGUGGAAGGUUUAUCGCAAGAUGAUGGGUCCGGAAAUAGAGAAAUUUAGCAGCUCGGUACCAAAGUCACCGAUACGCGAGCUGUUGGAGAUGGAACCGGAAACGGCCAAAUUUGGCAAACCGGAGAAGCUAGCGGAUGGACGACGUGUACGGGUAACGGUAGAAGUAUUCGGCAAAGGUACAUUCCGUGGCAUCGGAAGGAACUAUCGCAUCGCCAAAUGUACAGCAGCGAAAUGUGCCCUUCGGCAGCUGAAGAAGCUCAGCAAUGCCAACCACCACCACAAGCGUCGAUAAACGAGAGAUAGCGAGCGCGCAGAUGGCAGCAGCAUAGCAGCAUCUUCUCGCCAUUAUGUUCCUUUUAGUAAAAUUUACAUGAUUUAAGCAAUAGGUGUAAUAAGAAUAAACAUUGUGACCGUUUCUC